UUGUUGAGCGUCCGUCCAAGGAAGACGGGGUUUCAAAUUUCCGCUUCAACAGAGAGAGAUAAAAGACUAGACUAGAAGUGGGGUUUAAGUUUUUGAAAUAAUAAAGUGAUCUUUCUUAUCUACCCACUCCGUUCUUCGCAGCUCAAAGCAAGGCAAUGGCAGCGACGCCUGUUCGGAAGCCACACACUUCCACAGCGGAUCUUCUCACCUGGUCCGAGGUCCCAGCAUCCGAUUCUUCCUUCCUUGCCCCCGGCAGCGCCUCUCGGUCCGCUUCCCGUACCUCUCAUCAGCCGUCUGAUGGAGUCGGUAAGGUUAUAUUUGGAGGUCAGGUCACUGAUGAGGAAGCUCAGAGCUUGAACAAACGGAAACCUUGUUCAGGGUAUAAGUUGAAGGAGAUGAGUGGAAGCAACAUAUUUUCGGCUGACAGUGAGAAUGGUGACCCAGAUUAUGGAGCUGUUAAUGGCAAUUCAAACAAUAGAACAUCGGUCCGUAUUGUUCAGCAAGCUGCAAAUGGAAUAAGCCAGAUUUCAUUCAGCACCGAAGAGAGAAUUUCACCAAAGAAGCCCACCACUAUACCAGAGGUGGCAAAACAGCGGGAAUUGAGUGGAACUCUUGAGAGUGAAUCAGAUAUGAAAAACACGAAGCAUCUAUCGGAUGCCAAAUGUAAGGAACUUAGUGGAAAUGAUAUCUUCGGUCCGCCUUCUGAAGCUCUUCCUCUAUCGUUGACUGCUUCCCGCUCCACUGAAUCAAAAGUAAGCAAAUUCAUGGCGGAGCCGGCCCCACGCAAUGUCCGAACAUCUGUCAAAGUUUCAAAUCCUGCUGGAGGUCAAAGUAGUAUAAUGUUUGGUGACGGGCCAGUGGUGGAAGCAACAAAGAAAAUACAUAACCAGAAGUUUGCAGAGUUGACAGGGAACGACAUCUUCAAGGGAGAUGUUCCCCUUGUAUCUGCGGAAAAGCAUCUUAGCAGAGCCAAGCUGAAAGAAAUGAGUGGAAACGACAUAUUUGCCGAUGGGAAGGUUCAAUCACGGGAUCACAUUGCCGGGGUCCGCAAACCUCCAGGCGGUGAGAGUAGCAUCGCUCUUGUAUAAUUUUAGUUACUAAUUAAUCUGAUGAAAAGGUUUUUAAAGUUCUACUUCGUAGUAUUAUGGUACAUUAUUAAUUUAUUAUCAUAUUAUGGUCCCACUAUGCUGGUUUUUACUCAAAUGAAAGGUACAUGGAUUUGAGUUAAUUAUGUUGGUUGGUAUUUGGUUAUGCAUGAACUUGUGCUGCUAGUUUUCUCAAUAGUGCUAGUAUCAUGUCCACUACCAAAUGCAGUGAUAUAUAUGAUAUGGGUCUUAUAACACUCGCAUGAAAAACGCACAGGUUCCAUGCUUUUUAAUUCAAUUCCGUAGUACAAACUACAGAGUAUGGAGGACAUACCUCACAUACUAAAGAUUUGAUGUUUUCAAUUCACUCUAUUUGGCAAUCAACUUAUGCAUUAG